GGAAAAGACGAUUCCAUUCUGUUUUCGUAUACGAAAAACGACUCUUGACUUUGAGGCACUGGAUUUCUCAAGCUAGCCGGGCUCAUAGAGUUAAACAACUUGAAAAUUUUUAAAUGUUAGUGAUAUAAUUGAAUCAUCAAAUUAGACGAAGUUAAUCUAAUCUAAUAAGCUAGGCGAAUGCACAGAGAAGCAGCAAAUGAUUUCGCCUUGCUGUCAACUCGGCGUCGAAAAGGCUAAAUUAAAAUGUUAUCGGCUGCAUUCUUUCAAAAAAGAGAAACAAUAAUCUGAAAAGGAUUAUCUUUUAUUGGUUAACCUAUCCUCCCCUCCCCAUCAUUUCUUCUUUAUCGAUGAAUUCUUUUGGGAUGGAAAUGCGAAUCUUAUCGAAGACAAUAACAAUUUUUUUUUCGAACAAUUUUUACUGCUUAUACAACUUACUUUCAAAGUCAAAGACAAGCAUGAAUAAAAGAAGAAAAAGAAAGAGGGGGGGGGGAUGGUAUGCCACCUGUUGAACCUGCUUGUUAUCUUCAAGGAGAAUCGGCGAAAUUGUUUAUUUAUCUGUAUUGACAUUUUCCAGUGUUACCUUUCUUUCUAAGCAUAGAAUAACAGUAUAAGCGAAGGAAAAACAAUUUUUCUUUGAAAUUUUAAUAAUGACAACUAAAAAUUUUGCUGCUGUUCUGCGGCGAAAAGGAGAGCUUGUUUUGGAGAAUCGCAAUGUGCCAGAGCCCUUAAGUCAUGAGGUUUUAAUUUCCAUCCAUACUGUUGGCAUUUGUGGCUCUGAUGUUCAUUAUUGGAAACAUGGACAAAUUGGAGAUUUUAUCGUCAAAGAGCCAAUGAUUUUAGGGCAUGAAUCUAGUGGUACUGUAAUUAAGACUGGUAAUCAAGUGAAACAUUUAAAACCAGGAGAUCGAGUAUGUAUUGAACCAGGAGUGCCCUGUAGAAGAUGUGAAUUUUGUUUAGGAGGGCGAUAUAAUCUGUGUCCAGAUAUAAAAUUCUGUGCUACACCUCCUGUUGAUGGAUCUCUUUGUCAAUAUUAUUGCCAUGAUGCUGCUUUCUGUUACAAGUUACCUGAAAAUGUAAGCUUAGAAGAAGGAGCUUUAAUGGAGCCCCUUUCAGUUGCAGUUCAUGCUUGUAGAAGAGCACAAGUAACUGCUGGAAAAUCUGUGCUAAUAUGUGGAGCUGGUCCAAUUGGACUAGUCAAUCUUUUAACUUGCAAAGCCAUGGGAGCAACAAAAAUAUGCAUUACAGAUAUUUCUGAAAACCGCUUGGAUAUUGCAAAAAAACUAGGUGCUACUUUCCAAAUUAAUGUGAAAGAUCUGGAUACAAAAACAGCAGUAUCAGAAAUUAAGUCCUUGCUAGGAGGAUCACCUGAUAUUACUAUUGAAUGUAGUGGUGCAGAAUUAAGCAUUAGACUUGCUCUUUUGGUUGCAAAAUCUGGAGGAGUAGUGAUGUGUGUUGGUCUUGGAGCUCCUGAAAUUAAAAUUCCCAUUAUAGAAGCCAGUGUUCGAGAAGUGGAUAUAAAAGGCAUUUUCCGUUACGCAAAUUGCUAUCCUACUGCAAUAGGAUUAGUUUCCAGUGGUGCUAUAGAUGUAAAACCUUUAAUCACACAUCAUUUCAAUUUGGAAAAUAUGCUUGCAGCUUUUGAAACUUCUGCAUCUGGUGCUGGUGGUGCUAUUAAAGUUCUUAUCCACUGUUCUGAAUAAAAAACCAUUGCAUAAAUGUAAAGUGCCAAAAGGAAUUUGUGUUAAUUUUGUAUUUCUUAAUUUUUGUAAACAUUUCUUUGUUAAAAAUGAUUUUGAAGACCUUUUAAAUACUAUUUUUCUUGAGACUUUAAAAGUUUUUUAUUAUGAAACAAUGCUUUUUAUUAUUACAUAAAGCAUAGAAAACAGCAAGUAUGAAUUUGUUAUCUAGAUUUAGCUCGAAGGUAUUUUAUAAUUGUGUAUUUUUUUAAAUCUUAUUUUUCCAUUACUAAUGUUGUCUAUACUACUUUGAAUCAAAAGAUUGUUACAUUUAUCCAUUCCAUUUAUUAUGAAACAUUUCUAUCUUGUUACUAGAUUUUGAUAAAUUCCUUAUUAAAAUUAUUGGUGAUAUAUUAUGUGCUUAUCAUUUUGUUAGUUUCCAGACCUAAAGGAAUCUACUGAAAACGUUAAAAAAAAUGUUAAUAAUAAUUUUUAAAACAUCUGAUGUGUGUCAAGUUUGAAAUCUCUUUAAAGGGACUUUGGUCAAUAGCAUGAUCAAAAGACUAUAAUAACUAAAUAAUUAGUUAGGGUUUUCUUGUUUCUAAUAAAGUUAUAUUGAUUGAAGCUUCCAACUAGU